AUGGGGAAGAGAAGUGUAUCCAGUUUUCUGAUCUUGGUAGUGCUGUGUUCUGCACUGGUUGCAAUUGUGGGUGGCGCCUAUGAAGAUGAGGGAAGAAGAGGGGAAGCAGGAGGCGGAGAGGGUGGUGCUGGGUGGAGCGAAGGAGGUGGUGCCGGUGCUGGUGGAGGGGAAGAGGGCGGAGCAGGGAUGAGGCAAGGACAGGAUCAGUUUUUGUUGCGGGACUCUGAGUAUGUUGUGAAGACUGAUGCUGGUGAUGUUAGAGUGGUGAGGGGAGUUGGAGGGAGAUUUAUAAAGAGUCCUUUGCAUAUUGGGUUCAUUACUAUGGAACCCAGAAGCCUCUUCCUCCCUCAGUACCUUGAUUCCAGUCUCGUCCUCUUCGUUCGCAGAGGGCAAGCAAAAAUUGGGCAUAUCUACAAAGAUAAAUUGGUGGAGAAAAAUCUAAAAACAGGAGAUAUAUAUAGAAUUGGUGCAGGGUUUCCUUUUUAUUUGAAUAAUACAGCAGAGGGACAAAGGGUUCAUAUAAUUUGCAGUAUCGAUACCUCGGACAGCGUGGGAUUACAACCAUUCCAGUCUUUCUACAUCGGUGGUGGAAGAUAUCCAGCAUCUGUACUUUCGGGUUUUGAUCCCUUUACGUUGUCAAUGGCACUCAAUGUUUCAAUAGUCGAAGUAGGGGAACUGUUGUCUAGGCAAAUAGGCGGUCCAAUUGUCUUUCACAAUGUUUCUCAUUCACCAUGGACAAAAUUCUUGAACUUAGAAGACCACCAGAAGCUGGCACACAUGAAGAGAAUUGUGCACAUAGGAAAAGAAGGGGAAGAAGAAGAAAAGAAGCAACCAAUGUGGUCUUUGAGGAAGUUUUUGAUGACGUCUAUAUUUGGAAGUGAGAACAAGAAAAGGGAGGUCAAAAGAGGUUCAAGCGAAGGGCGAGACCCUUAUAAUAUCUACGACAAAAAACCUGACUUCAAGAACGAUUAUGGGUGGAGCAUUGCUUUGGACAAGUCCGAUUACUCGCCCCUUGACGAAUCUGAUUUGGGAAUUUUUCUAGUCAAUCUCUCCGCGGGAUCAAUGAUGGCACCGCAUUACAAUCCCACGGCAACAGAGUAUGGAAUUGUGUUGAGAGGAACUGGUACAAUUCAAGUUGGGUCUCCUAAUGGAAGUCUAGCCAUGAAUGCCGAAGUAAAGGAAGGGGACGUGUUCUUUAUUCCGCGUUUUUUCCCAUUCUGCCAAAUAGCAUCGCGAACUGGUCCUUUUGAGUUUUUCGGGUUUUCCAGCUCGGCUCGCAAUAAUAAGCCGCAAUUCUUGGUUGGGGAAGACUCUAUUUUGAAAAUUCUAAGAGGGCCAGAACUUGCAAAAGCUUUUGGACUGAGCGAGGAGAGGCUGGAUGAGAUUGUUGACGCUCAGUCGGGGUCCACAAUCUUCCCAUCGGCCACCGUUGCACCACCAGGGGUGAUUUUGGGACUGCAGGUUGAAGUGGGAAAGGCUAAGGAGGUAGCAAAGAUGAUCAGGACCUUUGGCAAUGACAAAAUCAUGGACUUUGAUUAA